AUGAGGGAAAGAAGUCCAAAUAAGAAAGGGUUCAACAAUAAUGAAGAGAAGAAAAUAGAGAACGAGCUCAAAAUCAAGAAAGGGGAAAUAUCAGUACUCCAUUUCGACAAGACUAAAGGCAAGGGUUUGGAUUGCAUACAUGAGAGCAAUGAAGCACGCUCAAUAUGUGACCAUCACUUAAACAUAAUAAAACCUCAUAAGAAAAGUAGUGGUUCAGGCUGCCUAGGUGUUACAGACCACUCUAUCAAGAAACCUGUAACUAGGGCACUCAAAGGCCAGACAAGGUCUAUAAAUAAAGGGCGUUAUCCCAGUUCAAAUGCAAAUCAGUUUUACUAUUAUUCUGGGUUCGGACCGUGGCAAGCUAAAAGAAGAAGCGAAAGAGGAGAGAGUGAUGGCAAAGAAACUGCAAAUGAUCAUUCCAUUCCAAUAACUGUUAAUGGUACUGCUCAAAGUACAACGCCCCCAUCUCCUGUUCCAAUAAUUUAUAUUGAUGAUGAUUCUGAGGAGGAAGAUAGUGACUGA